GAUGGGAGGUGGGGCUCCGUGAGCGUCCAUUCGCUUUCCUGCUUGGGCCUCGUUACGUAGAACUAUGUUGAGAGGCGAUACACCCCUUAUCUCCGUGUGUCCUUGGGUCCCUGCUCUCAGCCUGUAGCCUUUUAGCAUCUGUUGGAGAGUCCCGCCCCUCUUUCCAAAUCGCAUCAUGCCGCACUUUAGCGUAGUAAGACCCGCCUCUUACGGAAGCCGAAAUAGUCAGAAUCCGGAACAAAAACAACCAGGAACUAGUGAGGCUUCAGGUACUUGCUCCCUGAGUGGUUUCCUGGGAGGUGACCAUCUUAGACCGGGAGACACGAGCCAACCGUACCACCGCAUGGGAAUGAUGGCUGCUGAGAGACAACCGAAGCUGCCUGAGUCGAGAGAGAUGAAGCUCGGCAUUCAUGUUGUGACGUGGAAUGUGGCCUCCGAAGCACCCCCUCUAGAUCUCAGUGACCUGCUUCAGCUAAAUAACCCAAACCUGAACCUGGACAUAUAUAUCAUUGGUUUGCAGGAAAUGAACUCUGGGAUCAUAAGCCUGCUUUCUGACACUGCCUUUGAAGACCCGUGGAGCAGCUUCCUCAUGGAUGUGCUUUCCCCUCUGAGCUUCAUCAAGAUCUCCCACAUCCGAAUGCAGGGACUCCUCUUAAUAGUUUUUGCCAAGUACCAGCAUUUGCCUUUCAUCCAGAUCCUCUCUACAAAAUCUACCCCUACUGGUCUCUACGGGUACUGGGGGAACAAAGGGGGAGUCAACAUCUUCCUGAGACUUUAUGGCUACUAUAUCAGCAUCAUCAACUGCCACCUGCCUCCCCACAUGGCCAACAAUGACCAGCGGCUGGAGCACUUUGACCGUAUUCUGGAAAUGCAGAAUUUUCAGGGACAUAAUGUCCCCAACAUCCUGGACCAUGACCUCAUCCUCUGGUUUGGAGACAUGAACUUUCGGAUCGAGGACUUUGGGUUGCACUUUGUUCGAGAAUGCAUAAAAAAUAAGUGCUACAGUGACCUCUGGGAGAAGGAUCAGCUCAACAUUGCCAAGAGACAUGACCCACUGCUCCGGGAGUUCCGGGAGGGUCCCCUGCUCUUUUCACCCACCUACAAGUUUGAUAAGAACUCCAGCAACUAUGACACCAGUGAGAAGAAACGCAAGCCUGCAUGGACCGACCGUAUCUUGUGGAGGUUGAAGCGGCAGUCCCGGGCCAACUUUUUCUCCUCCAGUCUACCUGUCCCCUACUUCACUCUGUCUCUGAAGGACUACAGGAGCCACAUGAUGUACAGCAUCAGUGAUCAUAAGCCUGUCACUGGCACAUUUGACUUUCAGCUGAAGCCAUUGAUGUCUGUCUCACUGAUCACCCUAAUGGCUGAGGGCCCAUGGACCAUGGAGAACGACAUGUUGAUCAGCUACUCCUCAAGCCCAGACUUUGUGAGCAGCCCCUGGGACUGGAUUGGACUGUACAAGGUGGGGAUGCGCCACAUUAAUGACUAUGUGUCCUAUGUCUGGGUUGGGGACAACCAGGUCUCCUUCGAUGACAACCUGAACCAGGUCUACAUUAACAUUUAUGAUAUCCCUGAGACUGAGGAUCAGUUUCUCCUCUGUUAUUAUAGCAACAAUCUGCAUUCUGUGGUGGGGAUCAGCAAACCCUUCAAGAUACCGCUUCGCUUCUUUUUGGCAGGAGAUCUACCAAGUGAAGCCCAAGCACAGAUGUGAGCCCAAAUAGGAACAACUGAAUCCAGGCCUGCCCAAGCACUCCUGCCAGGCACAUGCCCCAGCUGGCACAGGCGUACAUUUUUGUCGUGCCAUCCUGGGCCUCAGGCUGCCUGAGGGUAGAUGCUAACAUUUGUACUGGCCCCAAGCAACACUGGGUUCCAGAAGUCUUAGCAUUUCAUGGCUUGUCCCAAUAGUGGGUGAGCAGAGCAGAGGGUCGAGGAUCCCUGGUUUCAGUAGAAGUGGUAUAGCAAGUGGACAGGAUUGAAGGUCCCUGCCACGUAGGCUCUUACAUACAGUGGCUAUGAGUGGGUCAGUCAGGAAGGUCUGUGCCAGCACAGCCUUCCCCUAUCCUGACUGGAAUUUUAACCCAGAGCCUGAGCCGAGAGAAUUCUGGGGAGCUGAGGUAGCUUCUGUGGAUAAGCAUUCCCAUGCCCCUAACUUGCCCUCUUGUGAGGAGUUCAGAGGUGAUGCUGGAGCUUUACCGUAGACAUCUAGGAUGAUCCUUGCAAGUUCAGACUCAUCUGCCCUCCUCCCCACCCCCAUCAUUAGCCAUUGGCAAGAAACUGCUUCUCCCUCCCUCCCUAUUCUCUCGUUCCCUCUCCCUCUUUUCUCUUUCCCUCCUUCCCUCCCUCCCUCCCUCCCUCCCUCUCCCUCUCCCUCUCCCUCUCUCCUUCUCUCUCCCCCUUUCCCACCCCACCAGACUCCUCAGAGACCUAGAAGCAGGGUUAAGCGGGCAAGUGGAAGGAAAAGCCAGGAUGAAGAGAGUUUGGAGGACCUGGCUCUGAGGACCUCAGAGAUCAUUCUGUAGGUUCCCUGUGAACAUAGCCUCUCCCCAUUCCUGCCAAUUGCCUUCUGCCUAUGAUGACUCUACAGCCUUUCUCUAGGGAAGACACUUCAGGAAACCUCUGUCACUGUCACAUCCAUUUGCCACCUGAGACAGAGUCACUCCGGUUGAUCAGCAUUCUGUAUUCUACCCUGGGAGCCAUGUGUAUGAAGAAUUUUCCCCUCAGCUUCCAGCAAGCCAUAACUGCCUGUGUUCUGUGCCUGUUACACUGGGGGACAAUUAGAAAUGUGGCUUUUAUACUAUGUGUGACUCCUUAAUGCUGGCAGAGGGAAGAGAAAUACAGGAAUGGGUCUGGACUUGUGGGCUGAAUCAGUGUUGAAUCCUACCCUAUCUCACCACAGAGGAGCGUCUGUUGUCUGUAAAAUACAA